AUGGCCGUUGACAUUGCUCUAAUACAGAAGCAAAUCGAAGAUCCGCAGGUGUUUUCGUAUGUGGAGUUGCUUUACCAAGCUGCGGAGCAAUUGAGAGAAGAAGAAGGAGAAGAGAAGGGAAAAGAGGCCAAAAUAAUCAAUACUCUAGAAUUGUACUCAUUUGGAACGUAUAGAGAAUAUAAGAAGAAAAAACAAGAAUAUACGAUAGAAGGAAGUAGGUCUUUUUUCAAGUUGGUUGAGUUAUCUGUGAUUUCUGUGGUGAAUGAUAACAUUGGAAGAAGUAUAACGUUAAAAGAACUAUUAGAAGAAUACGAAUUCGAAGACGCCAUUAAGGAAAUGAUUAGCGAAUAUCAAAUCGAACAACUUGAAUUACCGUUUGUCGAUACGACGACAACCGACCCCAUACUAAUUUUAGAGCUGAUUUUAAUAGCGAUAAAGUAUAAAGGUACCAUUGACGUGAGAAUUGAUGAAAAAACCAGUUCCAUAGAAGUAAUUGCAACUAAUACCUUGAGAGAUGUAUACGACGACCAAAGCUAUCAAUUGAAAAGUUUAUCACUGGAUGAUAUAACUAACAGGUCAUUAAGCCGAGCUAAAACAAAUCUUUGUAAAUGGCUAGAUAAAUCUUUUACAUAA